AAAUUUUUUGACAUUUUGAAGGGCAAAAAAAAUUAUAUCCAUAAUUCAUAUUUCAAUUUCAUCAUUUAUCGUUCGUUUUCAGUUUUUAGUUCAAAACACAUUGGAUCUGGCCCAAAAUUAAUAAUUUUUUAUUUCCCUAAGUGAUUUCCACUUGAUCAAGCAAAAUGCAAUCAAAUAUAUUUAGUAGGUUUUCAAUGGCUCUAAAGCCAAAUAUGUUAAAAAAGUCAAAACAUAUCGAGUGUGGAUUUAUAUAUUCUGUAGUUAACCGUCGUUAUGCAAGUGGAGAUUCAGUAGAUUUAGUUGUUAUUGGUUCUGGACCUGGUGGUUAUGUAGCUGCCAUUAAAGCUGCACAGUUGGGAUUGAAUACUGUUUGUGUUGAAAAAAAUCCCACACUCGGAGGUACUUGUCUGAAUGUUGGUUGCAUUCCUUCUAAAGCACUGCUGAAUAACUCACAUUAUUAUCAUAUGGCACAUUCUGGUGAUUUAAAUUCUCGAGGAGUUGAAGUUGAGAAUGUCAAGCUUAACCUAGAAGCAUUAAUGCAAACAAAAACAAAUGCUGUGACUGCACUGACUGGUGGAAUCGCUCAUUUAUUUAAAUCAAAUAAAAUAACAUUAGCUAAAGGUCAUGGUAAAAUUAAGGACCCAAACACAGUAUCAGUACUGAAAGAAGAUGGAUCUUCAGAAGAUAUCAAAACUAAAAAUAUACUUAUCGCUACAGGUUCUGAAGUUACUCCUUUUCCAGGAAUCGAUAUUGAUGAAGAAACUAUUGUUUCUUCAACAGGUGCAUUAAAACUUUCGAAAGUUCCUGAAAAAAUGAUUGUUAUUGGUGCUGGUGUUAUUGGUCUUGAGCUAGGAUCUGUUUGGAGUCGUUUAGGAGCAAAAGUAACUGCUGUUGAAUUUAUGCCUACAAUUGGUGGUGUUGGCAUUGAUGGCGAAGUCUCUAAACAGUUUCAAAAAAUAUUGACUAAGCAAGGAUUAGGUUUUAAAUUGGGAACUAAAGUUAUCAGUGCAAAUAAAUCAGGAGGACAAAUAUUAGUUGAAGUUGAGAAUGCUAAAGAUUCUUCAAAAAAAGAGACGUUGGACUGUGAUGUGUUACUUGUAAGUGUUGGUCGUCGACCUUAUACACAGAAUUUAGGCUUAGAAGAAAAUAGCAUUGAAAAGGAUGCUAAAGGAAGAAUACCCGUAAAUUCUAGAUUCCAAACUGUUAUUCCUAAUAUAUUUGCAAUCGGAGAUUGUAUCCAUGGACCAAUGUUAGCUCACAAAGCUGAAGAUGAAGGUAUAGUUUGUGUUGAAGGUAUAACAGGUGCACCAGUACAUAUUGAUUACAAUUGUGUACCUUCAGUUAUAUAUACACACCCAGAAGUUGCAUGGGUUGGAAAAAGUGAAGAAGACUUGAAAAAUGAAGGUGUUGAUUAUAAAAUUGGAAAAUUCCCAUUUGCAGCCAAUAGUAGAGCAAAAACUAACAAUGAAACUGAUGGUUUUGUUAAAGUUCUUGGCGAUAAAGUUACUGAUAAAUUAUUAGGAUGUCACUUAAUUGGACCAGGUGUUGGAGAGAUAGUCAAUGAAGCUGUUUUGGCAAUGGAAUAUGGAGCAUCCUGUGAAGAUAUUGCUAGAGUCUGCCAUGCACAUCCAACGUGUUCGGAAGCAUUAAGAGAAGCAAAUUUAGCUGCAUACUUUGGUAAAACUAUUAACUUUGGUUGAAGUAAUAUGUUAUUUCACAACUGAACAGUCUUCAAACCAAUCUCAGUAUAAAGAAAUUCAUCUGUUUACUUUAGAUUACUACUCACUUUAAAUUAAAUUUGACUUUUUGUUCAUUUUUAAUAAAAUCCCUUUUGUUUAUGUAUCACAAAAUUAGUUUUUAACUAAUAGCAAUUCACUACCCAUCUGUUUCUACAAAUUUAAACAAACUAGUUUUAAUGAAUGAAGUUAAAAUAAAUUAACCAUUUUCCUUUUUAA